UCAACUAGUUGACAGUGUGCUAUCUCCACGCGCACGUACGCUUCUCUGGAGUCAGUGCGCGAGAGACAACGGCGGGAACAGCCGCAUCCUCCCUCUGUGUGUUUGCGAGAGCUAUUCCCAUGUCUGCCCCGCUAAACUGAAAUCUCGCCUUGUGGGACUUCUUUCCUCGUUUGUUACUGCAGCAUCUCUUUUGUUUUCUCCUCAUGCAUUCCUCCGUGCACUGGUGUCUGGAAUGAGCAGCUUUCUCUCCAGCGCCGUUUCCAUGCCAGCAUGGGAACUGCCGUGUCCAAAAGGAAGAAUCUGAGAAACGAUGCUAUUUCGUCCGUGGCGGCAAAAGUUAGGUGAGUAGCCCACCUUGACACACGAACACCUGCAGCGCGGAUACGGACGUCUUCGUCCGUAGAGUGUCCGCAAGAGUUUCAGUGCAGCCUGCAUGCUGAGUGUAUGCACGCGGGAGAGCUCACCACGGUGUAACGUGAAGUUACAAAACCGCUCGAGGAACAUCCACUGCACUCCAGAGCCACCAGUCUCCUCCACGCUCCAAGGACAGGUGCAGGGGACCUUCUUGUGUGGAAAGGGAAGCGAACUGAAGGAAUUUAACAACCCAGUGCUCAAUCUACAGUGAGCUGCCUGCUAACCGCUGAGGAGCUAUCCAGUGCUGUGGUGCUGAAAGCGUGUUUAACAUGAGAACUGUUCUUGUAAGAGCAGCCAGAGCCUUUGGAGACUACCUGUCUCACGCGCAUCCUGACAACUGCAACGGAUCAGAUCACUUGCUCUCUGACACCCUCAUCGGCCCAGACACAGACUCCCUAGACCGGCUUAGCCUCCAGAACAACAACCUCCCCACGUACCCUGUGCGAGGCCCCUCCGGCGCCCCCGAGCCCAGUCUGAUCAGCUCCCCGCUGGGCAUCCUCCAGCCUCCACCCCCACCCACCUCCUCCUCCUCCUCCUCCUCCUGUGGCAAGGCCCAGCUGUCCCUGGAGCGCAGCUUCUCGGCCGAGGAGGACCAGCAGAAGUGCGCGGAGUGUGCGCUGCAGCCCGCCCGCGUCUACACCAUCACCGGGGAGAGCGGCAUGCUGGGUAGUGGCCGAGGGAGCAAGGAGACCCUGGAGCUGGAGGUGCUCCGGGGGGCCCGAGAGCCAGCGGCUCCGCAGCCCGGGGGCCACAACCCCCGCCUCCCCCAGACCUCCGCGUCGCCCUCGACCUCCUCGUCGCCCACCACCCAGCACCACCAUCGCCACGGAGUGAGCGCCGACAGGGCUCACCACCACGGCAACCACCACCACGGCAACCCGUACGCCUCCGCUUCCUCCUCUGCCCACGGAAGCGGCGGAGCGGGCAGCAACAGCGGCGGCGAGGGCACGAGCAGCGGCGGCAGUGGCGGCUCUCGCCACCGCCACCACCACCUGGCACAGCCGCCGCUGCAGAGCUCGGUCAGUGCCCACAACAUCCGCGGCUGGGGCGAGGGCAAGGACACCUGCGGCAGCGGCGGCGGCGGCCUGGCGUGCGAGGUGUGCGCCGUGGGCAUGGGUGGCAUGGGCAUGGGUGGCAUGACCACCGGAGGCGUGCCCUCGCGCAGCCAGGGCUCCCUGGACCUGGAGAGCAGCGGCCGCGAGGCAGGCAAGCAGCACCGGCGCCUAGAGCGGAUGCAUAGUGUGGACCGGGUGACUGGGCUGGACCGAGAAGACAACAACUGGUUCCCAAAAGAGAACAUGUUUAGUUUCGGGACAGCCACAACAACCAUGCAAGCGAUAACAAACUUCCGGAAGCAUUUGAGAAUGGUGGGCAGCAGAAGAAUGAAAGCACAGACGUUUGCGGAACGCAGAGCGAAGAGCUUCAACCGCUCCUGGAGCGACCCUACUCCUGUCAAGCCUGACACUCCAAACGAGUCAAAAGACAGUGGGGAGCUGCAGGUGCCAUGCGGGGCACAGGACGAGGCUAGUAGUGACGACAUGGACUGGGAGGAGGAGAGGGAGAUGGAACGGCUCGCCUGUGAAGGAGAUGAUUUCAUCCCUCCUAAAAUCAUGCUUAUCUCCUCGAAAGUGCCCAAGGCAGAGUAUGUCCCCAACAUCAUACGCAGAGAUGACCCAUCGAUCAUUCCUAUCCUCUAUGAUCAUGAGCAUGCUACUUUUGAUGAUAUUCUGGACGAGAUAGAUAAGAGACUCACGGCCUACAGGAGAGGCAGUAAAAUUUGGCAGAUGCUCAUCUUUUGUCAGGGAGGUCCAGGUCACCUGUAUUUGCUGAAAAACAAAGUGGCCACGUUUGCCAAGGUGGAGAAGGAGGAAGACAUGUGCCUGUUCUGGAAGAGACUGAGCCGCUUUAUGAGCAAGCUCAACCCUGAGCCCAACCUAAUCCACAUCAUGGGCUGCUACGUGCUCGGCAACCCCAACGGAGAAAAGCUGUUCCAGAAACUGAAGAACCUGAUGAGGCCCUGUUCCGUAACCUUCGAAUCGCCUCUGGAGCUCUCCUCACAGGGCAAGGAGAUGAUCGAGAAGUACUUUGACUUCCGUCUCUUCCGCUUGUGGAAGACACGCCAGCACUCCAAACUGCUGGAGUUCGAGGAGCUCAUGUGACGCGGUGUCUCGGGUGGGGACGUCCCCUCGUGAGACAGGAAGUCCCUCUGCCCAGCUCAUCUCACCAGCUUUUCAUUGAGGACGAGAUGGACAGAAGACACACGGAUAAGAUACUGGGAGGGACAGGCACCGUAGCCUCUGAUGAACUCAGAGUGUGUGUGUAUCUGGGUGAGACAAACUGUGUGUGUGUGUGUGUGUGUGUGUGUGUGUAGGAGUGUGUGAGUCCCCCCCAUGAUUUAUUUAGGCUCUCCCUCCAUCGCUCUCGUUCAGCUGUCAGAGAAUAAACUCACACUCACACACUCACCCAUGAUCUCUACAUGCAGGAGCAUCUAGCAGGAUCUCACUAGAACUUGCCUUUGACAUCCCACAACACAUGCCAGCAGUGCACUGUGCAACUGUAUGGCUUACUGGAGCGAAUUGCAAGGACAAAAAAUAUCGGGAGGCAUGAGAGCGAAGAGAGAUAAGAAAGAAAACUGAACGAGGCAGAUCAUAUAUUUGUCACCCUGUGCUUUGAGGUGACUCAAGGGACCUCGCUGCUUUGCGUGGGAAGACAGCCAAUGAAAACAAGACUGUUGUAUUUCUGUCAUGUGUCUGUGACACAGUACCAGCCAUCAAAGAUGCUCUGCCCACAUAUCAAGACUGACAGAGAACAUCAUACGCAACAUACAGUAUACCAUAAUUAAACAAACUCAUAAUUAUACCUAUACACGCCACAUGAAUAUAUCGUAUAGCUAUAGUCAUACAAAUACUCUUGUGUGUCAGAAAAAAAAAUAUGAUAAUUUAUUUUUGAUGUGUAUUGUUGUGGUCUUUCUAAUGAACUAUUUUGAAUAUCUCAGGUUUUAGCCAUUAAAUGGAUCAAGUGUUUGAUUCUUGCACUGCGAUUGGUGGGAGGGUGAAGCCAGAGUUUUUUUGUGAUGGGAUGGAGGCAGUGUGUUAUGUCAGUGGGAUUAACUGGAGCUCGCCAUAUAGGUGAAGUCUACAUGUGACAGAAGCAGAGGUGGUGGGAGUAUGCAGUAGAUCCAUGUUUGUGCAUCUGUUUGCAGAUUUGUGUGUGUGUGUAUGUGUGUGUGUGUGUGUGUGUGUGUGUGUGUGUGUGUGUGUGUGUGUGAGUAAGAGAGAGAGAGAGAGAGAGAGAGAAUGACAGUAUUUCUUCACUGUUUCUUUUUCUUUUCCUCUCUCUCGACCUCGUUGAUUAGUGACAUGGACACUCGUCCUUGGUCCAUUCACUCACAUACCUUUUACUCGAGUGCGGGUGGAAAAAAAGACCUUCAGCUUCCAGAGUGAGUAAAGCAUGAGACUAUCCAAUGAUUAGUCUGCAGUUAUUUCUGUCUUUCUUCAAAGCCAUUCUGCAUAGUGCACAUCCACUGGGAAUCACAAGCUCAGACACCAGCUCUAGACACAAAAAAAAUAGGCUUGUUGUGUUUGUAACCGAAAAACCAAAUCUGUAAUCUCAACGAUACAGGCCGCCAUUUGUGCAUUAGUUCUGUCAACACACGCAUGCAGCUGGGACACAAACAAACGCUGAAGUAGAUGAAACACGCCGCCCGCCGCUGUCCCCUGGUCCCUCGUCCGACUUGUGAGCGACUGCUGUGGCUGAGCCCGGCCAGGCCUGAGUGGGCUCCAGUCUGGGGAAUAGAGAGGUCAAGAGAUUAGCCUUUAGCAGGGGUCACUCUGGCAUUUUGCAGGCCUGAAAUCUUUGCUUUGAUAUAGACAGAGAGAGAGAGAGCGAGACAGAGACAGACUGAAAAAGAGAGACCAAGAGAGAGAGUGAGACAGAAAGAGAGGGAGACAGUGAGAGAGACUGCGGCCCAUAGGCACAGAUGUAAUCUGUGGCCUUAAGCACCCCCACCAGCCAUUUCCAGAGAGAGAUUAUCUUAUUGUAUUUCAGUAUUACAUUACAGAUCCUGUAUUUUUAGACAUUCCACUGUAGUGGUGUACAAUUUAUGCCAGCAGGGAGUUGGCCUUUGGGGGGGAAAGUCACAAAGAAAUGGAUCCACUCUAAACUCUCUCUUGUCUCCCAGUUGGCAGAGUCCAAGUCCAUGCCAUGCAUCUUUGCCAUCGUUGCAGGAGGAAAUGCUAGAACAUUCCCUGCCUUUGCCGCUGGCUGCCCCCUCUGAUGGACAGUCUGUUCUCUCUCGCAGACCAAGCCAAACAAGCCCAGAGCUCGGUGUCAGAUGGGCGUCUGUCCUGGCCGGCCAAUAGGCAUUUAAUGAAUUAGUGGGAUCCUCCAGCGAUCGGUCAUUAAGCUGCCAUCUGCGUCCCCCUGGUGGCGGGCUGUCACUGUGACUCGCCCGUCUCAGAGUGAGAUGUAAAGGAGGAGAGGGUUUACAUAAUGACAGUCAGUGUGUGUAGAUCUCUCCCAGUCAGUCAUUCUCUUACUGUGUGUGUGUGCGUGUGUGUAUGUGCACCUGUUUGAAUGUGUUUUUUUUUGUUGCUUUUUUUUGCGGUGUGAAUUCUGAGUGUUGGAACAUGUGAAUGAAAAUGCAAAAUGCUGCUGUGUGUUUGGAGGUCAUCCACUGCUAUGCAUGUAUGUGAGUGUGUGUUUGUACUCCCUCUGCCUUCUGUGCAUGUGUGCGUGUGUGUGUGUGUGCGUGCGUCUGAUUGUGUGUAUUUCUCUGGUGUGAAUUGUGAAUUAAAAUGUGUGAAUGUUUGGAAAAGCAAAAUGCUCUCUAUUUCAAGGUUGUGUAUGUGUGUGUGGCUCUAUCCCCUCUCCCAUCUUUACGCAUGUGUGUGGGUCUGUGUGUGUGUGUGUGUGUGUGUGUGUGUGUGUGUGUGAGCAUGUCAGUGUGCGCACAGCAUGAGCCAGUCUCAUCACUGUUGCGCACCAUCAGGACCACGAGGGUUGACAGAGUGCCAGCGCUCUCUCCUGAGACCUUUGAACCAAACAGAUGCUCAGAACGGAGAAUCUACUGCAACACUCCACACACACACACACACACACACACACACACACACACGCAGACAAACACACACACUUCCUCCCUCCCUGCAUACAGCAGAACUCCAGUUCAUCUAGGUAGCGAACCUGGCGAGGCAGUUUGGUGGCUGAUUCUUUAGAGCAUUGGUGCAGUGCAGGCCAGUGGGUCUUUAUCUUAUCUUUUCCAGAGAGGACUGGGGGUGUUUUGUUUGAAUACCCCUCCUCCACUGUAGCAAUAUACUUGGUGACACCUUCUAUGGGGUUCAAUGUCAAGGUCCAGUACUGUGGUGUUCCUACUCUAGUGAAGUGUGUCUGUGGGUAAAGAGGGGUCAGACCCAUACAGAUGGGUAAAGCAUCAUAUAGCCUUUGUUUUUCUUUUAAUUGUAAAAGGGGAAUGUAAUGUUGCGUAAGAAAUGAGAGCCAUAGCCACUGGCAUUCCUUACAGUACCCAGUCAAAUGUUCAAAGUGCUGGGAUGUUACAAAAAGUUUUUGAACCUUGGUGCCAUAUGGUUUCACUUUUAAAUAUUUCAGAGCUUCCACUUCAUUUAUUUAGUGUGGAAUGCAUGAAAGGCUAUAAGGGUGGCACACAGUGAAUGGAAUCUCCAGAGCGUGGAGCUCCUGAUGUAUACAGUUUGAGCUCUGAUUGAUGAGUGUGUCACCGUACUGUUUGAACAUGGAAUUUAGUCUCUACAGCACAGUUCCUCUUUCUCCCCCCCCAUCCAUUUGUAGCCACAGUAAAAAGAAAUCAGCAGACUCCACUAAAUGGGUCUGAUGAGAUGUCCACUUUUUCCCGCUAACGAAAAUGUAUCAUAAUGUGACAGCGUCCUUUUGCAUCUUAUUUUUUAUACGGGAUAUGAGGAUAUCUCUUCUUGAGGCCACUGAGGCAAUGCCAAAUGCUGAUUAACGUAAACUUACAGUUAUGUACAGGAAUGUUUGUCAUGUGUGUAUCAAAUGGAUUGGAAUGUACGUAUGACUCUACAAAGUAAUGGAUAAUUUUAAAAAUGUGAAUUAUGAAGGGAAAGCAAACCCUAACUGAAGGUUUCAUAUGUGGUUUUGUUCGAGAUGUUCCCAUCAACAUGACAAAAUGCUAAAAGUUGAGCUGCUUUAUUUAAAAAAAAAGAAUGAAAAACUUAACCAUGGCAGCACUGUUACAUCUCACAUAUCUGAAAUGUCCAUGCAAAUGAAGUUUUUCUUUAAUGAAAAUACUGUGUUAUGAACCGUGCUCGUGAACAUGUGGCUCUUAUCUUCAUCGCACUCGAUGAGAUCUAAGGGGUCUUCUCAGAGACCCAAGUGAAGGAGCACUUCUCCACAAACCUCCAACUUGCAUCAGACACUUUUCUGGAGAGUCUCCAGCUUCAGGACGUCUACUUGGACAACCAACACAUGAGGUCUUUGUCUUUCAUAGUGAGCAGAUCAGCUGAUUUUACUGAAUGCUGUCAUUAUGAAAGACUGUUUCUCCCUUUGAUUUGAUGCACAUGGUCAUGCACAUGGCAAAAAGUAUUUAGCAUUUUAUUUGACUGAGCCCACAGCAACCAAAACUCAGUAAAUAAAAAAAGACUGCACUCCACCACAAUUUCCCAGUUGAUGCUAGGUGUCCCAGCCUACAGUUGGCUUUGAGCUUCCCAUGUUCUGUAUUUGUGAGCAGUGGAUUAUGAAGGUGUAGACUGAAUGAUCUGAUGAGGUUGGCCAGCAGAUGGCUGGUUGAGGCAGAGCGAGAGACACACUAUUAUGGAUUUGUCCGUCUCGUAGUUUCUGAGCUUUCAAGCUUCAACUGUUGGUCACGUCUCUGCAAUCUGCUGAAGCGCCAGUCUCAUCUUCUGUAGUGAGAGACUCGUCUAAAUAAAUAAUAUCCUACGUACUGAAGAGUGCCGACUGCUGAGGAGACUUGAUUUUUUUAGGGCACUCAAAGUAAUAAUCCUUUUUAAAGAGGAAAAAAAGGAUUGAAUGUUUUAUAACAUAGUUCUUGUUAUUUACAUGUACACAUUAAUGAGAUUUAAAAAAAAAUCACUAACCUGGAAAUAAUGAACUGAUCAACAUGUGUGUGUCGUGGUCAUCUCAUUCUGUAACCAUCAUAAUAUUGAGACUUGAUUCUCCAGUGUAAGACUGCUUUAAUAGCAUCUUGAAUGUGACACACUGUACAAUGGCAGCCCUAGUAGGGUGGCAUUUCUUUUUAAAACCCUUGUUCCUUUUUUCCUAGUAAAAUUGGUCCAUUUUGAUCAAA